GCUACCAUGCAUAUAUUACCUUAAGUAUAUCUAUCUACCAUUCUCUCAAGCAAAUCUAAGAUAGCCCAUAGUCUAUCUUUUUAUUUUUGUCUCCUUAAUGGAUGGUGCCCAUCGGAACAGUGACGAAUACCAUCAACCUUUACUAACAGAACCAAGUUCAAAUGAUGAAGAAACUAUAUUGAGAGAUGAAGAUGGUGUAGAAGGAAAGGACUUGAGGACAAGGCUAUGGAUCGAAACAAAGAAGCUAUGGGCCAUCGUAGGACCUUCAAUCAUCAGUCGUGUUGCUGGUUACUCCAUGAACAUUAUAACCCAAGCUUUUGCUGGUCACCUUGGUGAUGUUGAGCUUGCUGCUAUUUCAAUAGCCAAUACGGUCAUCGUUGGCUUCAACUUUGGCCUCCUACUAGGGAUGGCGAGUGCUUUAGAAACCCUUUGUGGACAAGCUUUUGGUGCUAAAGAAUACCACAUGUUGGGCAUUUACAUGCAAAGAUCAUGGAUCGUUUUACUCCUUUGUUGUUUCUUGUUGUUACCCUUUUACGUAUUUGCUACCCCGGUUUUAAAGCUAUUAGGACAGCCGGACGAUGUGGCGGAGAUGUCGGGGGUGGCGGCGAUUUGGAUGAUACCUUUGCACUUUAGCUUUGCGUUUCAGUUCCCAUUACAAAGGUUCUUGCAAAGCCAGUCGAAGACUGCGGUGUUAGCCUAUGUCUCGUUUGUUGCCUUAGGGGUGAAUGUGUUGACGAGUUGGGUGUUCGUAAACGUGUUGGACUGGGGUGUGAUUGGUGCUUCGUUGGCGUUGGAUAUUUCGUGGUGGGUUGGGGCUUUGGGGCUUUAUAGCUACACUGUCCUCGGUGGGUGUCCUUUGUCAUGGACCGGUUACUCGAUGGAAGCAUUUACAGGCUUAUGGGAGUUUCUUAAACUCUCUGCUGCCUCUGGAGUCAUGCUAUGCUUGGAAAAUUGGUACUAUCGGAUUCUGAUAUUGAUGACUGGAUACUUGUCAAAUGCAACUUUGGCUGUGGAUGCCUUAUCCGUUUGUAUGAGUAUCAAUGGAUGGGAGCUUAUGAUUCCACUGGCUUUCCUGGCUGCUACUGGAGUAAGGGUGGCAAAUGAGCUAGGAGCAGGCAAUUGGGAAGCGGCGAAAUUUGCUACAAAGGUGUCAAUCGUGCAAUCGACAAUUGUUGGACUAUUCUUCUGUGUGAUAGUGUUGGUACUUCGUGAUAAAGUGGCAUUGAUAUUCACAUCCAGCAAUGAUGUCCUUGAAGAAGUUGAUAAGCUGUCUUACCUGUUAGGCGUCACCAUUCUACUCAACAGUGUUCAGCCAGUCUUAUCAGGAGUGGCAAUUGGAUCAGGGUGGCAAGCAACGGUGGCUUACAUAAACUUGGGUUGCUAUUAUAUUAUUGGACUCCCGCUUGGGAUUUUGAUGGGAUGGGUUUUCAAGUUGGGUGUCCCGGGAAUUUGGGGUGGGAUGAUCUUAGGAGGAACAGCUAUUCAGACAGUGAUUUUGGCUAUAUUCACAAUUCAAAGAGAUUGGGAAAAGGAGGCUGAAAAGGCUAAGCAGAGAGUUAAAAGGUGGGCGAAAUGAUCAAACCACGGCAACCCACAAUCAAGGGAUCUACUAAAUGGACAAUGAAUUUUGCACAUUUUGGGAAACCUUAAACUUUCACUGCCAAUAAAAAUCUGUUAAUUGUUUCAAAAUAAUGUUCAAUGCUUUCCAUCCCUGUUUAAAUAUCAUAAGCAAAAAUGUAGUGUUCACCUGUUUUCUAACUCCAAACACUUUGAUUUUUCGCCAUUGAUGCCAGCAACUUCAACCAUUGAUUCAGCCAACUAUGGCGUAUCUGCCAUUGGACUUGUUUCUGAUUGGGUUUGAAAAUGCUUCUGGGUUUAUUGGACCAAAUUAUUACAAUUGGGAUCUUCUACUUUGCA